ACAACGGAUGGAGAACGGCGGAUGUGACGUCAUUCAGUGGCCUUCAGCGUUGUUUAAAUACAGAUUUGGCAGACCGACGGCGAGUCACAGAUAAUUGCUCGAAAUCUCGGCAAAUUCUCGUGAGACUGGUUUUAUGAGCUCUAGAGGAAGCUCCGUAGCGAUGAUAUCUUGUAGUACGUGGGACUUCAUCGUGAUUUGGUCACUCCUCUGUUUGUGUACAUGGACCGAAGCAGGCUACUAUAAGACGGGCAAAAUGAAUCAUCGCAGCGCAGAAGAAAAGCAAGAACAUCUGAUCAACUCUCUAGGAGAGUUUGAUAUAACUUACCCGACUGAGUUAGAUCACCGUGGUCAGGUGACCGACCACGUGACUACCCUUUCCAGUCAUCGGCGUCGUCGGCGGAGCGUAACUGAGGAGGCUGGGCCAAUAAUCUAUCAGGUCCAAUUCAAAGGAAAGACCAUCAAAAUGAUACUAAGAGUAAACACGAAGCUUUUCGGAUCGGACUUUACAAUCGAGCGGUAUAAAGAGGAUGGAACAAUUGAGAGAAAAGUCUCCACAGACGUUCACUGUUACCUUGUGGGCGAGACAGAAUCGUUUCAUACCAGCGUGGCCAUAAGUGACUGUGAUGGACUGGCUGGAAUCAUAGAUUUAGGAAAUGACACGAUUUACAUCGAGCCCGUGUUAAACUCAAGCCUUGUACUUCAUCGCGGUUGGACGAGACCUGGUAGACCACAUCUCUUGUAUAGAAAAUCCGUCCUGGAACGCAAAGACCAGCAUAAUCUGCAGUAUGAUGAACUUAAAAUGGAGAAUUUCCCUACCGGACUGAAAGUUGACGGAGGAUCGAGUCACGCUGCAGCUGCUCGUACGGAAAGCUCUUACAUUACAAUCUCUAACAAAGCAAAUCGGGCGAUAAAGCUUUACUAUGUCAACGGCGGAAAGGAAUCAUUUUUCCAAAUCUUGAAAGAAGGAGAAGGGCGGAGCAUAGAUACCUUCACAUCACAUAACUGGGUUGCAAGAGACUUCGAUUCCGGGAAACAACUCUUUAUCAACAAAAAAAAGGUCUAUUCUCCCCCACCCGGCACUUCUCUCAGGAGACGGGACAAAGUCGAUGUCACCAUACCACCUGGACUGAAGCUCCCCGCGGCCACACAGCCCUCUCAACCUGACAGCCACAUAACGUUUAUCAACAAAUCAAAUCGCUUUGUCAAGCUGUACUACAUCGAGGAAGGAGAAAUCAUCUUUUUUUUCAAUCUUUCCCCGGGAGAACAAAUGGACGUGAACACGUACACGACACACACAUGGUUUGUUAGAGACCUCGACACCAGAACAGUUCUUCAUGUAAAUGGACAUAAAGAUUACGUGCCGAAGGAAUCAGAUAUUUACCAUCGGAUACGAGUUUACAUCACUGUGCCAAGCACGAUUUCUCUUCCUGACAUGAAAUUUCCUGCCAUGCUCAAAACGAAACCAAAGUACAUCGAAGUGAUGGCAACCGCUGACAGCUCAGUAGUGCAGUUUCAUGGCAAAGAAAAAUCAGAGAAAUACAUCUUAACUUUGAUGAACAUUGUCUCCAGGAUAUUUCAGCACAAGUCUAUUGGUGCUCCCAUUUACUUUGUUGUUGUAAAACUUGUUCUUCUGGAAAAAGAUCCGAAAGAAAUCAAGAUCACUGGUACACCGAUGUCUAGUUUAUCAAGUGUGUGUUACUGGGGUCACAAGACAAGGAAAGGCUUUGAUAAAAUUAACAAGGAUUACUACGACCAAACGGUUUUCCUAACGAGAAAAGACUUUGGACCGUCAGGCUAUGCCCCAGUCCAUGGCAUGUGCUACCGAAUACGAAGCUGUACCUUGAACGAGGAAGAUGGAUUUACGUCAUCAUUUAUCAUUGCUCACGAGACAGGCCAUACAUUAGGAAUGGAACAUGACGGGGUGAAUAACAACUGCUCUAAUGACGUCAUCAAGGGAAGCAUUAUGGCGCCUCUGGUGCGAUCUCGAUUUGAUCGGUUUUACUGGUCUUCUUGCAGUCGGCGCGAUCUUUUAUCGAAACUCAAAGCCUUAUGGUGUUUAGACGACGUUCCAUUCCGAAAUAAAAUUCCUUACUUGACGAAACUUCCAGGCCAGAUCUACACCAUUGACCAGCAGUGUCAGCACGACUUUGGCAGGAAUUCCAGGUUCUGUAGCGCGAUGAAACGUGAUCCUUGUGUUGAGCUCUGGUGUGGCCGGCAGUCUUUUUCAACCUACACUAACCGCUUCUGUCAGACUCGACGCGUUGCUGCUCUGGAAGGAACAAAAUGCGCAGUAAAUAAGUGGUGUCGGCUUGGAAAAUGCGUCCCCAUGGAUGAGGAUAAUUUUGGUAUUCCUCUUCCUCGUCCGACAUUCACACCAGUACAUGGUGGCUGGAGUGCUUGGAGUGAGCUGAGUGAAUGUUCGCGGUCUUGUGGAGUAGGGACUCGUCAGCAAACAAGAAAAUGCAACAACCCUGUGCCCAAAGAGUACGGACGACCCUGCGAGGGGAAAAGUAUUAGAUUUGAACUGUGUAAUGUCAUGGACUGUCCAGGCCAGCUGUUAACGAUUGAGCAAGCACGAAAUGAACAGUGCAAGAGGCGUGCGCCUUUGUUGUCACCAGAAGUCAACGGAGAGUGGUUCUCUUAUGAUGUUUACAAAGCUAACAUCGACUGCGACUUUGAGACUAACUUGUGCGGAUGGACAAAUGACCCUCAUGAUAAUUACGACUGGAAGUACCACAAGGGCCGUACUCCUACAGCUGGCACGGGUCCCUCCACAGAUCACACCAAAGGAAAACACGGUCAUUACGUGUUUUUGGAGACCUCACGGCCCGUAGAUCCAGGAUGGAAGGCCAGGCUCGUCAGCAAGUACAUAGGCAUGCGCGUUGCGUGCCUUAAGUUCUGGUAUCAUGCAUUUGGUGAUGACGCCCAUAUGGGUUACCUUCAACUGGUGGUCAAAACAAGUACGGACGAAAAGGUGGUUUGGAGCGUCAACCGAAAUCGAGGAGAUAGAUGGGUGUUGAAAUAUGCGACGAUAUAUAGCAUGAGACCGUACAGGUUCAUUUUUCAAGGCGUCAGAGGUGACGGUUAUCUCAGUGAUUUCGCUUUGGAUGACAUCUCUCUCGAAAAUAACCCGUGUGGCCUUGGAAUGUUGGGACUAACAACAAUAAACAACAAAAUAAAUCUUAAUCCCUGUAAACAUUUCUGUGAAGCGACUAAAGACGGAAACAGUGUAGACGUCAUACAAAUGGAUUUAGAAAACGGGAGCCGUUGUCACGACAGUUUGAGUUCAUUUGAUGUCUGUAUCCAAGGAAAAUGCCAGCAAGUAGGAUGUGAUGGUGUUAUUGGAUCAAACAAAACUUUGGACAGUUGUGGUGUGUGUAAUGGCAACAACAAGUCAUGUUCACAGACUAACGGAUCUAUCACUACGUUUCCGAAAGAAGAUCUUCAGACGUUAUUAGAAUGUCCAGUUGGUGCUACCAAUAUCAUGUUGGAGGACUCAUCCCCAAACUUCCUCGUUCUUGACGGCAUGGGAGUAAAGAAGCCGUAUUUUAAUGGCGCCGCAGAGGAGUCCGUGUCCAAAGUGUAUAAAUUUGCUGGCUCAAAGUUCACUUACAGGCGACAAGGUCACAUAGAGGCGCUAAGUGCACUGGGCCCAAUUAAAGACAGGAUCAUAGUAAAGGUUAGUCACGUGCCCCGUGGGUGGCUAAAAGGCUGUCGUUUUUGUUUCUUAAUUUUAGGAAUUCAAACACGCCUAUUCAAAUGCCGCAAACACGAAGACGACUCAGAGGUUACGGAAAGUAACUGCUUUUCCAGCAACAAACCCGAACCUUUGACAAAACCUUGUAAUUUGACGGCUUGUGAGAGGUUCGAAUGGCGUGCUUCUAAAUGGACCAGCUGCUCGUUGCCUUGUAAUGGUGGAAACCAAACUCGCACAUUGGAAUGCAGAGCCGUGCUUGCUGAUCACCAGGCCAACUCUUCCCUCUGUACCGGGGAUAAGCCUGAGACCGUGCAAAUUUGUAAUGACGAGCCUUGCCCUGCCAAGUGGAUUGUGGGUAAUUGGUCAGAGUGUUCGAAUACUUGUGGGAAUAGCAUGCAGUCCCGCUCAGUCCAGUGUCGGGAUGUACUUGGUAGCUUGUCGUUAAAUUGUCCAAGUAGUACCAAAGCACCAACUCGCAGGAUCUGUAGGAAACAGCCUUGUGAUGGAAGUGUUUUCGCCAAGUUGUCCUGCUCCUUUGAAGAAGGGUUGUGUGAGUGGGAAAACGUGCAAGGCUCUAAGCUAGACCAGUUUGACUGGACUCUGUGGAACGGAAGUACACCAAGCAGGAAUACGGGUCCUACCAACGACCACACCCUUGGAACCUCCAAAGGUGUUUAUGCCUACAUAGAAGCAUCAGACCCUCGAAAAAGAAAUGACCGAGCAAGAUUAAUAAGUCCAGUGGUUAGGGCCAAUAGAGUCUGUCUUGACUUCUGGUAUCACAUGUAUGGCCAAAACAUGGGCUGGCUCCGUGUUUUCUACCGGAAUCCAGUCUCUAAAAGAGAACGGCGGCUAUGGUACAGGUCAAAAGAUCAAAACAACGAGUGGCAUAACGAACGGCUUGCUAUUUCCUCGUAUUUGCCGUACCAGGUAAAAUCUAUUGCUCUGUGGCCUUGUGCCAAGAGGUGGAGCUAGUUUGGGGGUGGGGGGAUGGGGGGUGAUGGGUAGGGUGGAGAGAUAGUUUCAAUGAAACAACAAGUUCAUCAGAGUGGUUUGACGGGGCGGCGGGAAUCAAGUUGUGCUUAACGAUUAUUGUCCAAAAUUGGCAAGAUAGUUAUAAAUAAAACCUAAGUUUCUGUCUCUUUAUAAAGAAUGCAGCCACGUCUUCUUACUAUAGAUAGCGGAGAGAAACCAGGGAUACAGGAGAGUUCUAUCAGUGAGUCAAGCCAGAGAAAUGACUUCCCAUGAUCUUCAUCACAUAAUCAAAAACGGGGAUUUUGUUUCCUUCUAAGGAAUGUUACUGUGUUGUAAUGUUUAAGAGCGAGGUUAGAAGAGUAACGAGACUUUUGCCUGUGCGCAAAAAGCUGACUCCUGAUGCUACGU